UCCCCGCCCCUCCGGCCAAGGCUCGGCUCGCUUCGGCCUGGCUCGGUUCGGCUCGGCUCGAUUCGGCCCGAUUCGGCUCGGCUCGAUUCGGCCCGGCCCGGUUCGUUCGGCUCGAUUCGGCCCGGCCCGGUUCGGCUCGCCUCGCCUCGAUUCGGCCCGGUUCGGCUCGGCUCGGCUCGGCACGGACAUGGGCUGGGCCGCGCUGCUGGCUGUGGCCGCGGUCCUGGCGCCCGCCGCCGCCUGGGCGCCCUCGGCCGAAGAGGAGCUGCAGUUCAAGGCCUGGAUGCUUCAGAACAACCGGCGGUACGGCCCGGGCGAGUACCCCCGCAGGCUGCGCAUCUUCCUCGGCAACAAACGGCAGAUCGACGAGCACAACGCCGGCAACCACAGCUUCCAGAUGAGCCUGAACCAGUUUUCAGAUCUGACCUUCGCCGAAUUUAAAAAGCUGUACCUGUGGAGAGAGCCCCAGAACUGCUCAGCUACAAAGGGGAACUUCCUGCGCAGCUCCGGGCCAUAUCCUGACUCCAUCGACUGGAGGAAGAAGGGAAAUUACGUGACGCCAGUGAAAAACCAGGGCCCCUGUGGGAGCUGCUGGACCUUUUCCACCACGGGGUGUUUGGAGUCUGCUAUCGCUAUUGCAACAGGAAAGCUCCUCUCUCUGGCGGAACAACAGUUAGUUGAUUGCGCCCAGGCUUUUAACAACCAUGGCUGCAGUGGGGGCCUGCCAAGCCAAGCCUUCGAAUACAUAUUGUAUAACAAAGGGCUCAUGGGGGAGGAUGCCUACCCGUACCGGGCCGAGAAUGGCACCUGCAAGUUCCAGCCGGAGAAGGCUGUAGCGUUUGUCAAGGAUGUUAUCAAUAUCACGCAGUAUGACGAGAAUGGCAUGGUGGAAGCUGUGGGGAAGCACAACCCGGUGAGCUUUGCGUUUGAGGUGACGGGUGACUUCAUGCACUACAGAAAAGGCGUCUAUUCAAACCCACGAUGUGAGCACACUCCUGACAAGGUGAACCACGCUGUCCUCGCUGUGGGGUACGGAGAAGAAAACGGGACCCCUUACUGGAUUGUGAAGAACUCCUGGGGCCCGCUGUGGGGCAUGGAUGGGUACUUCCUUAUUGAACGUGGGAAGAAUAUGUGUGGUCUUGCUGCUUGUGCAUCUUACCCAGUUCCUCAGGUGUAAGCGGAGAGUGCAGGCUGGGGAAAGCGGGCAUGGGAAAAGGAGCGACUGGAGUUUCUGCAUAGGAAUUUCUGAAUGCUAAAAUCAAGAAAGCGAGAACAAGAUGAACUGUCUGCUCAGAGUCAUUACCUGCAGGCAGAUUCCUCGGUCUGCAUGCAGCCCCUUGCAGUAGGAAGACCCGCACCUCCUUUCCCCAGACAAAAGCAAGCGUGCCCCUGCGCUGGGAGCCAGACUCCAGCCGCUCGCCCGCUUCCAGCCGAGGCCCCGCCAGGCUGGGGGCAGCGGGGGCUGCCUGGGCGGCUGAAACGCCACAACACUGCCCCAACAACGCUCGCCCCUUCCCUAGGGCGGCUGCUUUCGGAUCAACGGCUGUAACGUCUAGGGCUCUUUUUAUUUUCUUUGAAGGACAAAGCUGAGUGCUGUGAUUUCUAAGUCCUACCUAUUUUCAUGAAAUUGUUUUUAGUAUUUUUUGUAUUUAAAAAUAGGGUAUUUUAAUGCAGAAGAAAUGGAUGAUUUUCUUUCAUGGCUCUGAAGGAAGCAAGAAGCUUAGUGCUAGUGGUGUACACGCAGGGGGUGAGGCGGCCGUGUGGGGCCCACUGCUGUUUGUGUUAUCGCACGCUCAAAUCCGCCACUGAAUAAAGAGGCCUUGUCACCGC